GGAUUUCAAUCCUAAAACUACACCUGGAGCAGAACUAUAACUUUUCAGAUAAUCCGUUUAUCAAAAAAACACUUUUCAGAUAAGCCAUCUUCUGCAUUGCCAAUACAAACUCUUCACUUUUCAUAUCAAAUGGCAGAAACAACCAUAAAUCCGGGGAUUAAGAGGAUUGCAGUUGUAACCGGAGGCAAUAAAGGGAUCGGAUUUGAGAUAUGUAGACAGUUAGCUUCAAAUGGGGUCAGGGUGGUUUUAACUGCUAGAGAUGUAAGGAAGGGCAAUGAAGCAAUUGAAAAACUCAAGGCUGCAGGAUGCUCUGAUGUGGUUUUUCAUCAACUAGAUGUGAUGGACCCAACUACCAUUUCUUCUUUGGCAGAUUUCAUCAAAACCCACUUUGGGAAGCUUGACAUAUUGGUAAAUAAUGCGGGGAUUAAUGGAUCCAUAAGCAACCCAGAGGAACGAAGAAAAGUUAGCGCUGAUCAAAUUUUUGGUCCAAAUGCCAUACCUCUGAAGGAAAUCAUGAAGCAAACGUAUCAAACUGCUGAGGAUUGUUUGAGAACAAACUACUAUGGGACCAAGCAAGUAAGCAAAGCACUUAUUCCGCUUCUUCUAUUAUCCAAUUCGGGAAGAAUAGUAAAUGUCUCCUCCAUCUUGGGGCAAUUAAAGGUAAAUAAUGCAGGGAUUACUGGAUCCAUAACUAACCCAGAGGAACAUAGAAAACUUUGCGUUGAUCAAAUUUUUGGUCCAAAUGCCAUACCUCUGAAGGAAGUCAUGAAGCAAACUUAUCAAACAACUGAGAACUGUUUGAGAACAAACUACUAUGGGACCAAGCAAGUGAGCGAAGCACUUAUUCCACUUCUUCUAUUAUCCAAUUCAGGAAGAAUGGUAAAUGUGUCCUCCACCUUGGGACAAUUAAAGCUUAUUUCAAAUGCGAAAGCAAAGAAAGAACUUGGAGAGGUUGAUGACCUCACAGAAGAGAAAGUGGACAAGGUGGUAGAGGGAUUUCUAGAAGAUGUCAAGGAGAAUUUAAUUGAAACCAAAGGUUGGCCCGUUAAUAUUUCUGCUUACAUAGUCUCCAAGGCAGCUCUUAAUGCAUACACAAGGGUUCUAGCAAAGAAGUACCCCAAAAUAGCAAUCAACUCCGUGAAUCCUGGGUAUACCAGCACAGAUUUGAACCACAAUAGUGGAGUUUUGACUGUUGAAGAAGGUGCAAAAGGUCCUGUGAUGUUGGUUUUGAUGCCUGAAGGUGGGCCUUCUGGCCUCUUCUUUGAUCAAAUGGAAGUAUCAACCUUUGAAUAAGAAUGAUGCUACCCAAUGAGUAAAUAAGCAUAGGGAAGAAACAUGGAGAAUAAAAAUGUAUGUUGAGGAAGCUUAUUUAAAUCUUAUAGUUGAUUUAUUUAGAUCUUGCUUUGAUCAAUAAUAGAAUUAGAAAUUUUUUUUUCCUACUUUA